GGAAGUGGAGAAGAUGGCGGCGGUUGAUACAGCUGAGAGCAGUCGCGGGAGCGAGGUUGGUGGUGUCUGUCAGCACCACGCGCAGCAAACGAUAUGCGCCUCGCGCGCUAGGUAUCGGGAAGGGCGCAGGCCACGAGCAGUGAAGGUUUAUACUGUCAAUUUAGAGUCUCGAUAUUUGUUAAUUCAAGGUGUUCCUGCAUUGGGGGUUAUGAAAGAACUAAUUGAACUAUUUGCAUUAUAUGGUACCAUCGAGGAAUAUAAUCCACUAGAUGGCUAUCCAGCAGAAGAAUUUACUGAAGUGUAUCUGAUCAAGUUUUUAAAAAUACAGAGUGCAAGGAUAGCCAAAAGAAAACUGGAUGAGCGGAGUUUCUUUGGCAGUUUGCUACAUGUAUGCUAUGCUCCAGAAUUUGAGAGCGUACAAGAGACCAGAGACAAACUAAGAGACAGACGAAAAUAUAUAGCAAAGGCAACCAAUGCCAAAGAGCAAUCACUGGAGACAAAACAGGAUUCUAGUGUACAUUCUUCAAAAAUCAUGCAGUUAGAUCGUGGAUCAUGGACAUCUGAGACAGCCAUUAGCAAAUGGAAUCCAGCAACAUAUACACAGGACUUUGGUCAAUCCUGUUGCACAUUAUCAUUGAAACAUGUUAUAUCUCCUUCAGAACAGCAUUAUCAGAAUAUGUUAGCGGCACCUCACUAUACUGGUGACUGUGCUACAACAUCUACAUGCUUUAGCCAAAGGACAAGAAUGGAUCAGAGGCCACAGCAAAGAGUACAUAACACAUUGUCUUGUUGGAACCUAGAAAGAAAGGUUCCAUCUGAUGAAGGGCUUGGAAGAUUCAUGCCCCGAACUACUCAACUGCAGGAACGAAAAAGAAGAAGAGAUGAAGACAACAAACUUGCCCUUUUGGGAAGAGAGACUAAUAAAGAAAUCAUUAUUGGUCCCCGGCUACCAGAAAUACCUAAAAUAGACAUGGAUGACCAUUCACUGAACACCUCAGCAAACUUAAUUCGUAACAGACUAAAGAAGAUUGCUGUUCCAGUUCAGACUUCAAACUCACCUGAAGAAUUAUCAGUGAAAAAUCAAACAAAACAAGUAAUAAAGCAGAGGCGGCGAAUAUAAAUAUUUCUGCUUAUAAGUUAUAUUUAUAUUUGACUCACAACAGGUAGGGCUCGGGCUGUUUCUAGAGCAAAGAAAUAUGGCUUGAUUUGUUAACAUUAAACUCUUUUUGUGAAUUUAAAGUUAUUAUCCAUUAUGUUGAAAUUUGUUAAUGGCUAUGAAUGUUAUCUCCUUAUUUUUUUGUACUCCUAGUGAUAUACUAUGGUGCAACACACUGGGUAUAUCAAGCUAUAGUACAUCAUGACCGUUCUCUCAUACAGUCUGUUUUACUUGCAGAUCUACAAAUCAGGAGCAUCUUGGAAAGCUUGUGAUUCAAAGGACAUCCUGCACUGUAAAGGAAAUAUUAUAAAAAUUAAAGACAUCUAUAACAAACUUAUAUCCAAAGAACAGUGCCUACACAUUUGAAAAUGUCUAAUAAAAUACUGAGUUUAGGUCCAAUCCCCCACUUUAAGUGGCAGAUUUUAAGAGCUAGUAGUGGUUAAGGUGCUGGCCUAGAAACCAGGAGACUCUGAGUUGUAGGUGUCCCUUAGGCAUGAAAGCUAGCUAGGU